GGAGGAUUAUGCACAAAGUCCAUCUAGGGGUGGGACUUAAAAGGAAUUGAAACUGAAAUAAAGGAACUUAGUUCAGAGCUUUUCCCUAGCCUUAGCUGCAGUCCUCCUUUCUGACAAGUAUGUCUGGAGUCAGAGGGUGGAGGGAAGGCAGUUCAUAUGGGAUGGCAGGAGGUACAGGACAGCGGCCACUUCCAGCUCCCCAUUUAGGACAAAAGGGUUACCUCGGGGCUAAUAGCAAUCAGACAGAGGAGGCUGGAAAUUCCCAGCAGCUGAUGAGGUCUGGAGAAGAGACAAGGAACCAACCAUCAACUUACCAACAACAGCAAGAGCAGCAUGUCAACUCCUAUGUCUUGAUAACUCCAAAUGAAACUAGAAGAAAUAAGUUGCAGCAAAUUGCUAAGAAAGAACUAGAUGACCUGGAGCGGUGGAAAGAAACACACAGGCCAGGACCAAUUAAGUUGCCUCCACAGAGACUGGGAGGAGAAGAAUCAGAGGCUCAAGCAAGGCAAAAGCAGCAAAUGAUGUUCACACAAUCUAAAUACCAACAAAAGCGCAAGAGAGAAGAAUAUGUGAAAGCAAGAAAAGCAGCUGAAGAAGCUGAAAUCCUGAAAAAGAAAGAAGUUCAGAGAGAAAAGGCAGAGAGACUUGAAGUUAAAAAAAGGCAACAAGAAAUGCAAAGAAGAGAGAUGUUCCUUGAAGAUCGAUUUCACAAAACCAAUGAAUUAUUGAACAGAUUGGACUUGGGUUUGCCAAGGAAUGAUUCCUGUCAGACUGCUAAUUGUGGCCCAGAAUCAACAGCAUGGGCUAGAAGCCGUAUAUAUAAGCAAGCUCUUCGAGAGGAUGAAAACAGAAGAUUGGAGGAUGAACAACGGAGGAAGGCUCAAUUAAUGGAAUCAAAACAAAAGGAGGAGGAAGAAGCCAGGAUAAGAGCACAUCAAAAUGAACAGAGGAGAGUAAAUAAUGCUUUUCUGGACCGACUUCAGAAGAAAACUCAACCUAAUAGCUUCUGCCAACCUGGAUAUUCUGGGAGUCUGGGCUACUGCAGUGAUGAUGCCUGGGGGUCAAACUGCUUGGAAUAAAGGAUUAAUAUUGCCAGAAGAGUACUAGAGAAAUAUUCUCUUUUAUCUGGCUUUGGCCAAAUGACCUUGUAAAAGCUCCAAGAAAGCCCUCUUUUAUCAAUGUGAUUUCUUUCCUAGCCUGAUUGCAUCUUCACACCCACUUCGUGAGUAAUCUGCAGAGACUGGUUUCUAGCUGUCAUUAUUAACGCAGUUUGAGGCAACUGAUUAUGAAAUUCCUAAUUAAUUUUUAAUAAGUGAACAUGUCUUUUUUUUUCUUCUUCUUCUUAAAUUGUUUUGCCUUUUGCAGAAUGCAAUUAUGCUAGCCUUUAGGAUCUCACAGAAAGAAGAUGUUGGUGGUUGCAAAAGCUGUAGAAAUAAAUAUCUGAGUUUACUUCUUUACUGUGCCCAGCCACAAACUUCCAGUGACUUGAACAGGAUAAAAUAAUACUGCUGCUAUCCUUUGGGAGCAAAGUGAUGCUGUUUUUUUGCCAAUCUUGCUUUUUGGUGUUUUGGGGGGUUUUGAGGUACUACUUAAUGUAUGUUGAACAGUAGAGAGUCAAGAAGAAGCAAGUGUAUGUGUUGUAGACGGGCUAUUUUGAAAAUGUAUUUAGAAAAGUACAAAAUUAAAGAAAUAAAACUUGAAUACUGGAAACUU